CUAAUAGUAUCCCAUUGGAGUUCGAUAGUUUUGGACCUGUACACGGCCCUAUGAGACUCAACUCUAAUUUUGGAAUUUUCUAACCUUUUUGCCAUUCAACAAUUUCCAAAUUUCCAAUUGUUUUGAUCACUACAUAGUACAUAGACGACUAGUGAGUCGAUCGAGUCGUCUUCCAACAAUAUAGCUUUUAGUGUCUGGUGAGCAGAACAUCUCAAGCUUACACAACAAUGGCGGCAUCCUGGUUAUGGCUUGCCACAUUCUUCACCAUCCUAACCUUCGCUGCUUCUAUCGACGACAAAUGCGCUGCUUGCCAUGCUGUUGCGGAAGAGCUGGAGCAUGGGCUUGCUAAUGAGAAACCAAGGAAUCAUUUGGAUUUGAGAAAUCGUUUGGAUUCAAAGGGACAGCGUAGAGGAAAAGUGAUUGAUUACAGAGUAAGCGAGCUAAGAGUAGUUGAACUACUGGAUGGCCUUUGUGAAAAGAUGCAGGAUUACACUCUUCAAAAGGUUGAUUCCAAAAGACCAGAGUGGAUCAAAGUUAACAACUGGGAGAAACUCACGAUUAGCAAGCAAGAAGCCCGAGCACAUUCUAAAGAUAUAUCAUCCUAUUGUGGAAGGUUGCUGGAGCAAACUGAAGAUGAGUUGGCAGAGUUGAUAAAAAAUGGGUCUGUUGAACUUGCAGCUGUGGGCAAGGUGUUAUGCGAGGAUCUUAGCCAACACUGCAGAAAGACUAGGUAAUUAUGAACUAAAUGCUAUCGUCAUCUGGAUAUAUCUUGUACCAUUAUGGCUCAAAAAAGGAAGCUGAAAGUGACGAUGAUGAUGAUAUGGAAGAUGAACUUUGAAGCCUUCAGUCUCCAAGCUUCUAUAGCACAGUUUUUAAUCUUGUGUCACAUUACUAUGAUACAAUCCGAAAGUUCAUGAACGAUGAACUCUCGCUGCUAUAUUCAAGAGUUCCAUCACAUUAAUAGGGCUAGAUAGUGGUACAAAUAGUGUCAUCCUUGUGUUUUUCUCCAGACCCCAAAGAAAAAGUUUAAUACAAAUUUUGUAUGACAAGGAUUCUUUGAAACAUUAUCCUUU